UACAUGAAUCCAAUAUCAAUCACAUGUAUACACUUGCUAGUAUUUGGUUAUAAAAAGACAUGGGACUAUUACCAUUUAACUAAUGCGGUGUUGUUUUUGUAAUCUCAUAACGUUAUGAUCAAUGCUGGCCAUGGCUCUUGAUAAUUUAUAAGAUAGGAAACUGAUCUGCGUCUUUACGUAAAUACAAUCAUGAACCAGCUUAUAGUUCAUAUAUAGUUUAUCAUGUUCUUAAGAAAAUACUAUAUAUAGGAUGUAAAUGACCACUAAAAAUCAAUUAGAAUUAGCUGUAAUUUGAUAACAUUAUCACUGAUUUUAGUUUCACUGGUGAUGAACGCAAAGUAUAUGUAUGCUAGAUGAUAGUUAAAUGGAAGGCUAGUCCCACAUGAAGUUCAUAAUAUGAGUGGAUGAGUCAAGGGUCGUCAGAUUCUUAUAUAGCUUAAACUUGUCUCCAACCUUAGUUCUCAAAAGAGAUGAAGAAUAUUAAUAAAUACACCAAACUAAACAUUUAUUACAAACUUACAAUCAUUGCAUUUUAGAACUCUAUGUAAUUUGCGGAUAAGAAUUAUUCUUCUCUAAUAUAUUCUUGGAGUUGAUACAAAUCAUUCCUAGCUAUGCAGAUUGUUUAGUUCAUAUGGUAUCGUAUAACUAAUCUCGGCAUAAUAAAUUUCCCUAUAUAAAUAUGCACAACAACUUUAUUUUCUGAAAACUAAAUAUCAUUAAUCGUUGCGCAGAACAUUUUUGUUGUGUUUGGGAAAUUGUAUUGCUAACACCCCGAAAGAUAGUGACAGCGGUUAUCAUGGUCCGACCACGGUUAUAUUACUGUUGUAUUAGUCAAAAGAUAAAAUCCUAAAAGAGCCAAAAUGUGUAGAACUAUAUAAAAUAUUAUUUGUUUGACUAACUUUUAUAAGAAAAGAAUAUAAUUUUCAUUCCCAAUGCCAUUCAGCAAUGUGCACAAAAGAUCGCCAACAAUUGUCACAGUUCCAAGCCUUAAUACAAGGAGUUCAUCACACUUUUAUACCGUAACCCAUUCGGUUAAAAGGCAAACCAUUUCAUUCAAAAGAAGUUAUAGUUUACGUGGCUUAUGUGACAUAGAAGGAGAGAAAAGGAGGAUAAUUUGGCUAAUCCUAUGGCUUACGACACCUUUUCAGCUAAAAGUAGUAUUAUAUCAAAAUAGAAAUCUCGGUAAGAACUAAGAAGUAACAUUUAGCAACACUAUUUCUUUUACCUGCCCGUUUGUAGUUAAUAGGAACCAUAUCCUAGGUAAUGAUCUAGUUCUUUUCAAUAUGCUAACAAAAACUAGAGACGUAUUAUCAAUCCACAACGUAUCAGACGCAAGUCUUCUCGCUCACUUGAUAAUUAAGUUUAAUUAAAAGUCUCUAGUGUUAAAUCAAGUUCGAUGUUAGGGCUCAUAGUGAAUUUUGAAUUAUUAAUUAGAUUUUUGAACUCUAAGUUAAAGUCGCGUUUUUUUAAGUUAAAGCCGUGUUUUAGUUGACUAUGAACAUUUUCUUGAUUUCAUGUUUGUCGGUAAGACAUUAAUGUCUGUAUGCAAUCACAUACGACGAAUAACUACUCAAGCUCAUGCAUGUAUACCUAUAUAUAUAAUCCUAUAAAAUUACAAACACAAUGAGACUAAGAUUGAUGCUCACUUGUGUUUGUUUGCAUAUAAGGACAUCGAUACAAAAGAAUGUCCACUGGGAUAUUUAAUUAAAAACCACAUUUAACCACUCCCAUUGAAUAAAUCAUUGCAAGAUGACAAAAAAAUCUAUAUAUUCUCAUUUCUAUUUCCGCUUAAAAUGCGGUCACCAUGUGCUUUGACCAGGAGGCAUCUACAGGUAAGCUAAUUACAUUAGUACUUAUAUUUGAUUAGCCAAACUAAACCACAUUAAAGUAUGAAAGGAAAAAACUAGAAUGUUCAUGUCGCUUGCUUGUCCGUUGUAAUGUUUUUAUUUUACAUAUAAAACGUAUUGGGAGAAAGUUAAGCUUACUGAAUAUUAAAUAUAACAAAUUGUUGAUGAAAUUUUGUAAGAAAUUCAUGGCACAUUAGUCCUUAGUACAGUUAAUUUCUUACACAACCUAUUGUAAUUAGCAAUGUAUAUCACCUGGAAUAUAUACCAUUUAUAUUAUCGAUUUUGUUAACGUAGACCCUUGACCUUAUGAUAUAUAUGUAGGGUUAUCAUGCACAUUGCACGUGACCUCUAAGCAGAUUAUUUGAGUUGCUUAAUUAGCUUCAUUAUAGUGAAAUAAAAUAUUCAAAUAGCAUGAAGUAAUAUAUACAUCACAGAGUGUUUUUUAACAAAUAUUUUCUAAAUAUAUUCUUAUGAUUUUCUCUAAAUCAUACUGUGACAUUCCAAAUUUUGCAUUAAAGCACCUCCAACGAGGGUUCUACCCAUUGGAGUUCUAAAUAUGAAUAUAUGUAUAUAUAUCGUAUAUGUGUAUGUAAUUGUUGAGUUCACUAAAUAGUAUAGAACCCCUACCGUAAUUACAUACAUAUAUACAAUAUAUACAUAUUCAUAUUUAGAAUUUAAAUGGGUAGAACCCCUUGGAGGUGCUCAGUUCCAAUGAUUUUUGGCCUCCUUCUUAGGCUUUCAUAAGUAGCCAUCCGUACGCAAUGCACAUAUAUAUACACUACAGUCAAAAGUUAAGACUCUGACCGGUGAACUAUAAUGGCAAGAAAACAGAUUAAUAAAACCAUGCAAUUAAGCUGUUUAGAAUUUGUUUAAAUCUUAUAGAAAUCUAACCAAUGUUCCAACGUUAAUUUAUUUCUGUUGACGCCUAAAUAAAAUAUCUUCGGAAAAGGAGAAAAAAAAAGAGGUAGUCUAAAAGCAGUUGAAUCAAAAGUGAAGUCUCUCUAUCAAGUUCACUGUCUCUCUAUUUAUAACAUCACUUCACUUCCAUUCCCAAACAACACCCAUCACCUUAGAACCAAAGCAAAAAAAAAAAAAAACUUAAUUCAUCAUAACACCUCUUCAACCAAAACCCUAAAAGAAGGCUCCCUUCAAAAAAUCCAUUUCUUCAUCAUCAUGUCAACUUCCAAAACCUUAGAUCAUAUUAAGCCCUAUGAAACAUCCCAAACUCAAAUGGGGUUUGCUAUAAUCAACCAGAACACAGCCACCACCACAACGACCACAACCGGAGAGAGACGAGGCCGGAGAUCAAAGCAAGCAGAGCCAGGGAGGUUCCUAGGAGUCAGGAGACGUCCAUGGGGUCGUUACGCAGCUGAGAUAAGAGAUCCAACCACCAAAGAACGUCACUGGCUUGGCACUUUUGACACUGCUCAUGAAGCCGCUCUUGCCUACGAUAGAGCAGCUCUUUCGAUGAGAGGCACUCAAGGUCGAACUAACUUCGCCUACACUCCAACUGAUGUUCACACCAUCCUCACAAACCCUAAUCUCCACUCUCUCAUUGUCUCUCCUUACAACAACAACCAAUCUUUCUUACCAAACUCUUCUCCACAGUUUGUCAUUGAUCACCAUCCUCAUUAUCAAAACUAUCAUCACCAUCAGCAACCUAAACAUAUACCCACCGUUUCUUUCAAAACUCCCGUUCGUCAUCAAAACGCAGAUAUUCAAGCGUUUAGCUCUAGUCCUCAAAACUCGUCUUCUAACGGCUCGUUAUCUUCUUCACUAGACGAAGAACACAACUUCUUUUCUUUCGAUGGAAGUAACUCCAGUAACAACUCGGGUUACUUGGACUGCAUUGUCCCAAACCAUUGCCUUAAACCACCUUUGGAAACCACCACUACCCAAAGUCAAACCGGAGCUGAUUUCGCAACUCCUGCAAGCAAGGCCUCUGACUCAUACGGAGGGUUUAAUAAUAGUUCCUUUGAAGAUGGUGAUAUGAUGAUGAUGAUGAUGAAUCAUCACGAGUUUGGUUCGUGUGAUCUUUCUGCCAUGAUUACUAACUAUGGUGCUGCCGCUUCAAUGUCAAUGGAGCCGCAAGAUUUCUCUUCUGCGUCUUCUUCUUCUGUCGCUGCUUUUGGAGAUGUUUCAGACACUACAGGCUUCUACUCGCUCUAUUAGAAAUAGAACAUUCUUUUUGAUAUUUCUGUUUUAUUUUCAUAUUUAUGUAAUAAUAUAAUAAGUAGUUACGUUAUUCCAUGAGAAUUUGCAUUUUGUUAACAGCACGUUAUGGACUUUAUUAUAUAUAUAUAUUCUGCUUAUUGUAUCAUGCACCUGCACCAUAAGGUUGGUUAUAGCUUACCGUGAUGUUUUGUUUUUCUUUCUUUUUCUUUUUGUAAUUUUUAAGUUGUGGCUUUGAAAAGAAAAAAAGAGUUAUGGUUUUGAUUAGCAAAAGGUGUUAUUGCGAGUUGUAUUAAAGACCUUUUUUUUUUGUCCAUGCUUCUUCCAACACACUCAUUAGGUAUAUAAAGAUGUUGUGUGUAUAAUAAUGAAAUCAAAUUAAUUACUCAAAAAGGAUAUUUGACUAGAAGUAAAUACGUUCGGUUAUAUAAACUUUCAUGACAAUUGUAAAUUUGGCAUUAGUAAGAAUAUAAGAUAUACAUAUGAUGGAAAAAAAUAUUAAGAUUAAAGAUACGGGAUUUGGCAUAAAAUUUUGCAUGUUUGUUAAAAGUAGUAUAACUAAAGUGAGAUGGACUUUUAGUGAAGUAGCAUGACGGUGUUUUUGGUCUUUGGACAUGUGUUUUGGUCAUGACUUGUUUGGUCUUUAACUGCACAAUCACUGUUUCAUGUCUCCCUCCUUUUGCCUUAACUUUUGUCAACUGACAUCACAACUCUUUUCUUCUUCUUAAAUCUGCUUAAGGUUUUGACUUUCUUUCAUAGAACUCGAUUAGUCCCCUUUCCAAUGCUGACCAAAUUCACUUUAUUUGUUAAAUCAUCAGACCCAAUAAAAGCAGUUAUAUAUAUCAAACACAAGCUUACAUAUGUGUAUAUAUGUAAUGUACUUAACUAAGUCUACCGUAACUCGUAUGUAUAAAAGCAAGUUUACAUCUUUGUACAGACUUAAUUAUGGUAGAUCGUUUGUAACUCAGAGAAAAAGCAUUUAAUGAUUAGUAGUAGUUUUUGGGUUGUUGAAAGCUUUUGUUGUGAUGUUUCAGUGACCAAACCCAUGAUUAUGAUUUUUCUGUUGUUUGAGUAAAACUAGACGCAACGAAAAAGCUACAUGCACAUGAUAAAUCACCAACACAAAGAACGAAGUACGAGAAUUACUGACAUCUACUUCCACAUUAACAGUGAUCCCGAGAUCUGCUCUGUUCUACCUUCCAUGCUCUUUCUCUUCCAUAAUGCUGUUCCAAAAACAACUGGAAUCAGGUUGUGCUAUUAUUGCGUUUGCAUUUACUAUUCAACAUAUUAAUUUUGCUUACCAUUAGAAAUGAAAAAAUAGUCUUAUUAAUGUAGAUAUUAUAUUUGGUCAAAUAUUCUGUACAAAUUGCAAAUACAAAGUUAAACAAAUUUACACAUUCAAGUUCCUCUUAUGCAUGAAAAGAAAAUUUACAAUUAUUUUUAAAAAGGUUUAAAAGAAACGAAAAAAAUAUGUAUUCUAUUGAAAAUAACAUGAGAUUUACACAAUUAUCUAACAUGUAAAUUUGAAAACAAACGCAACCAAUAAGAAAAAUCUGAUUCUUAAUUUCCAUAUUCUAUAAACUAACAAGGGAUCUUCGUGAAUAUAUAAUUCCAUUUAUUAACAAUAAUCAAUCCGGAAAGUUAAAA